UGGCAGUGGCGGAGGGGGGCGAGGAGGGUAUGUUGUCUCCGCGGCGGAAAGGGCGCUGCGGGCGGUCCCCGCCGGCCCCCGAGAAAAGCCAGCGGUCCCCGGCGGCCCGGGAGCCCGGCGGCCCCGCCAUGGAGGAGGGCAGCGGCUUCCGCCUCUCGGCCGAGUGCCUGGACGAGCCGCCCAACAGCCGGGUCUUCGUGGUGCUGGGCAAGGACACGGGAGAGGCGCUGAUCCGGGAGCGCUUCGCCCCCUUCGGGGACAUCCAGAACAUCUGGCUCCUGCGGGACAAGCGCACCAACGAGUCCCGCGGCAUCGCCUUCAUCAAGUUCGCCCGCAGCUCGCAGGCCUGCCGGGCCAUGGAGGAGAUGCACGGCCGCAGCCUGGUCCCCGACACCAAGCCCAUCAAGGUAUUUAUUGCACAGUCAAGAGCUUCUGGAAGCCACCGAGAUGUUGAAGAUGAGGAGCUCACACGAAUCUUUGUUAUGAUACCGAAGUCCUAUACAGAGGAAGAUCUGCGAGAGAAGUUUAAGAUGUAUGGAGACAUUGAAUAUUGCAGCAUUAUUAAAAACAAGACUACUGGAGAAAGUAAAGGUUUGGGCUAUGUGAGGUAUUUAAAACCAUCGCAAGCUGCCCGAGCAAUUGAAGAGUGUGAUCGAAGCUACAGGGCUAUUUUGGCUGAACCUAAAAAUAAGUCAUCUGAGUCUUUUGAACAUGAUUAUUAUAGUAAUAACACGAGGCAAGAACCAAGAGGAAAUACACUUCCAUUUUGUGGGCAGCCGGAGUUUUGUAGUUUUGAAAAAAAUGAGACCAGAAUUCAAGAGUCAGUCUCCAAACGUCUGUCAGUGGUAUCACGGCUUCCCUUUAUCCAAGAGCAGCUGUUUGCCCUCUUUGAUCUAGUUCCAGGACUGGAGUAUUGUGAUGUUCAGCGAGAUCCUCAUACCAAUAGUGGGUACGCUGUGAUUCAGUACAGUACUGCUGCGUCAGCUAUAUAUGCCAAGUAUAAAUUACACGGUUUUGAGUAUCCUCCUGGAAAUCGAUUAACUGUCAUUUUCCUAGAAGAUGGGAGUGAUAGCUCAGACCUCAUCAGAAAAAUGGCAACACAGCUGGUAACAGCACAUGUGUCAUCAGUGUUGCGGAAUAACAAUGCCAUUGUUCAGCAGUAUAGGACACCUCCUCAGGCAUUUGGAGGAACUUCUGGCUCACAGUUACUUCAGCCCCAAACAGAUGCCAUACUUCCACCACACAAAAAAAAAGUUCCACCUGACACUUCUGUGAAGGAAAGGCUUUUCAUACUUUUCCAUCCCCAUCCUUUACCUGUAAAUGUAUUGGAGGAUGUGUUCUGUCGUUUUGGACACUUGAUAAAAGUUUACCUUGUGGCUGGAAAAAAUGUUGGCUAUGCAAAAUUUGCAGACAGAGCAAGUGCCAGUGAUGCCAUAACUGCGUUACAUGGCAAGAUUGUGAAUGGUGUCAGGCUUAAAGUAAGGUUGGCAGACUCGCCUACAGAAGAGUCCAACAAACGUCAGAGAACUUACUGAGCAAGGUGAGUACCCAGUCUGAGCUGUUACUUAAACUGAAGUUCAACUAAUUGAAAUAGUGAUAGGCAAAUAUUUUUAAGUUAGAUAUGAACAAGUAAUGAUAAACUUUAAAUCUGUUUUUAGCUAACAACUUGAAAUUUAAUUUGUCAUAUAUGUGUGUGUAUACAUAUAUGUAUAUAUGGGUGUGUGUAUGCUUAUAUAUGCACACAUACACUUUAUUUUAGUAAAAAUCUAUUUUUAUAAUU